AAAGGCGCCUCAUCGCUCGGCGGUGGCACGGGGUGCCAUCGCGCCACACAUGGCCCACUCUGGACCGUUCCGAUGCCAGUGCGGCCAGAUACACGCCGACCAGUACGACGGGCCGACCAACGACCUUCUGCCGUACAUCGACACGGCCGGCGUGAGCGCGCUCAACGAGUCGGAGGCGGGCGCGUGCAGGCGCAUCUUCCGGCCGUUUGACCAGAGGCUGCAGCGCGACGCGUGGCUGCAGUCGGAGGACGAUGACCCGCAGCUGCUCAUCACGAUCCCGUUCACGUCUCCAGUCAAGAUCCAGUCCCUGACGGUGAUCGGCGGGGCGGACGGCAGCGCACCGCGCGAACUGCGCGCAUACAUCAACCAGGAGGCGCUCGACUUUGACGACGCGGACCGGAUGAUGGCGGUGCAGACCUGGCAGCUGCAGGAGGGCGACGCGGAGGGGCGGAUAGAGUACCCGACGCAGUUCUCGCGCUUUCAGAACGUGUCGAGGCUCCACUUGCUCGUGGUGGACAACUACGGCGCCGACGAGACCACCAUCUACUACAUCGGCCUCAAGGGCAUCGGCACCGACCACCAGCGCAAAGCCGUGCAGGCGGUCUACGAGCUACGGCCGGUCGGGCAGGGGACGGAUAUCAAGGCGGGAGCCGGCGGCAUUGCGUGACGACUGACGAGGGGCGGAGCGAUUGGCGGGUCGACCCGCGGCUGUCAUAGGCCUCUUGAUCUUCACGGCGCUGUUGAGUGUGGUGCGCUGCGGGCGCGCGCGCGGACCCGGCGAGUUCUUUAUUUCCCUCAAGAAAAA